CCCUGCCUGCUACCCCCCUGGCUGCUCCCUCCCUGGUAUCUUAAGAAAAUCAAUGUAUCUGCGUUUUGUCCCACUUCACUGACCUUCCAUUGUGAUGCUCAUUUUUGUUUAUUUAUUUUUAGGCUGUGGAUGACUCUGGCAUGCCGGGCUUAGACAGAGUAGACAGCUUGGCUGAGUGUUUGGUGGAGCUGAGGAACCAGUCCUCUCUGGCCCUCACCAACCAGCAGGUAAGCAACAUUGUUGCUCUGUGGCAGAACCUGCUGGACUACGACUAGCAGAGGGUUACCUUUGCUGCCAGACACCAGAGCAGGCUGGACACAGGGAGGUUCAGGUCUCCAAAGAAGAGGCAGGAGUUCACUCCAGGGGUGGAGAGCAUGAAGAGGCACGCACUCACCACCACUGCCCCGCUUGCCCAAUGGCCUGAUUGCUGCCGCCUGAUUGAACUGAUCUUUGUCAGGCUCUGUGCCAUCCAUCGCUCUCCCAAGAAGAAGGGGACUGGUGCAGUGUCCAGAUGGAGUUUAAUCCUGGAUGACUACAGGAAAAUCAGGCAGCGCAUUUUGGCAAAUGGGACGGUCAUGCAGCAGACCACACUGCAGCUGGUGGAUGUAAGCCACACCACCCUUGUGCAGUGGCACAACAAGAGGGUGAAGAAGCAGGACAACGCUGUGGUAAUGCAGGGGCUGAACUUGCCCAGUCGCUUGUCUGCGGCAGCCAACCCACUCCCUCCUGCUAAUGUGCGCCUUCCAUCUGCGCUCCCCCACCCAGGCCCGGCUCUCCAGUACCAACUGCCCUGCAGCACCGUGGGCCAGGCGCGGUUGAAAAGAAAGGUCCCGCCCACAGAUGUAACACCGGUGGCUAUAAAGAUGCAUGCCCAGCGUCAGCUCUUCCCUGCUCCACCCUCGGCCCCUCGUCUGUUGGUGCUGGCUCCGGUGACCUCACAGGUGCCUGUCCUCGUCGCUGCUCCACAGGCCCUGGUAGGUAUCUUCCCUGCACGCCCUGCUCCGGUCCGAAAACUAACCCGCCAUGUACUCCACAACACAUGCAAGAAAUGCGGGCAGUUCAGGACAGCCCAGACUGGACACAGUCAGUACAAAGGAACUGUGUACUGCCCCUCUGUAGAGGCUGUUCCCAAGGAGCAAUGGUUGGAGGACAUGAAACAAAGGCAUGGACACUGA